GGAACAUCGCAUUUACAUACGUUAUAAGUUUAAUAAUAUGUACGAGUAUCAAGACGGACCAGAAUUUCCAAAAUUUCUGGACAAUAACGACCAAUUGGGACAUUUCAGGCAACGGUUUUACAUAAAACAGGGUACGAUCUACAUGUGCGGCAACUCUCUCGGACUUGCCUGUAAAGAUGCUGAAGAAACUCUUUAUGAAGUUCUAAAUAAAUGGAAAGACGAAGGCAUCAAGAUGUGGAACGUCGAUCAGGGAAAAUACUUCUUGUACUCCGAAUUCUUGGCUGACAUCAUGGCACCCUUAGUCGGAGCAGAUCCUGACGAAAUCAGUAUAACAGGUUGCACCACCAUUAAUAUACACCAGACGAUCAGCACUUUCUACAAGCCGACCGCAGAAAAAUACAAGAUUUUGGUUGACGAUAUUAAUUUCCCGACGGAUCGAUACGCUGUUGAUGGUCAAAUAAGACUAAAGGGACUCAACCCAAGAGACGCGGUUAAACUGGUCAAAAGUCGUGAUGGAAAAUUCAUGUCCGAGGAUGACAUUAUUGAAGCAAUGACUGAAGAUGUGGCCAUCAUUUUACUGCCUGCAGUUUAUUACAGAAGCGCUCAGAUAUUAGACAUGACUAAAAUCACUAAAGCUGCCAAAGAACGAAACAUCUUUAUUGGGUGGGACUUUUGUCACGCAAUCGGAGCUAUUGAGAUAGAUUUAAAGGCUUUAGACGCAGAUUUCGCUAUUUGGUGCACUUAUAAGUACUUGAAUGGUGGUCCCGGCUCGUCGGCAGCUCUGUACAUUAAUAGGAAACAUUUCAAAUUACUCCCAGGGCUAACUGGAUGGUACGGGAACAAACCACACACGCAGUUUCAACUCAAUCAGGAAUUUGAUCACCAGCAAAAUGCUAGCGGAUGGCAGAUCGGGACUCCCACAAUAUUUUCAAUGGCAACUUUAGAAGGAUCCUUAAGAAUAUUUAAAGAAGCAGGUAUAGGCAAUAUUAGAAAGAAAUCGCUUCACAUAACUGGUUAUUUGAUGUAUUUGAUCGAGAAUAGAUUAUCUGAAUACGGUUUUUCCGUCGGUAAUGUGAAAGAAGACGCCAAAAGGGGUGGGCACGUUUGCUUAGAGCACGAUGACGCGUACAGAAUAAGCAUUGCCCUAAAACAAAGAGGCGUGGUACAGGAUUUUAGGGAACCGAACGUAAUACGUUUGACGCCGGCGGCUCUGUACACCACUUAUCAAGACGUUUAUGAUUUGGUCAACAUUCUAUUGGAUAUCGUUAAAACAGAGAGCCAUAAGAAGAUCAGCGAGAAAAGAAACUUUGUAGUCUAAUGUGUGGAAAUCGAUUUUGGAAAAAACCUAAAAACAGAAAAUAUAUAAUAUAUUUGGAAACGUAUUAAAACAAGUUUAUGUAAUAGUAACAAUUGUGGAAACUACGUCGUAUUCCUGAAGCACCGCGUUGUUACGAGUGAAAAGAGUACGAAGUAACAUACCUUCCAAAUCUUUUCCAGAACUCUCUUUGUGGAAAAAAUUAUCUGAAAAUUAUGUUUUGGUGUGCAAUAAACUAUAGUCUGCUAUGCCAACCAUCUUCACAGAAAGGAAAUAGAGGUCUGCGGGUGUGCGGGGACGGGGGUGGAGGGUUGGGGGGAGGGAGUGGUUCUAACAUUUGGGAAUGUUUCGUAGAUGAAAUUUAUUAUAUAACAAUGAUUAUAUAUUAACUUAUCUUAUCUAAUCUAAUUUAGCAUAUUACAUGAUUAUUUUGUAUUAUCUGAUAUUUGCAAUCUGUGAAGGCCAGAAAACCCAUUGUAUAUAAAAAAAAUAACAGGUUUUAAAUAAAAACAAAGUCAACUAC